CCAGUUGAGACAUGAACAUGGGAGGGGGGCUAAAGUCCUGGCGUGUGUCACCUCCAUGGACUCUGGAGCCAGACAAUGACAUCAUGCUCAGCCUGGUUUGUCCAACCGCGCUUGUCAUUCCUUCAGUUGAAGUGUAUAUUUGUGUUCGGGACUGAGGAGUUGAUUUGGUUUUUGAUUCCCUCCUGGCUGCACCUGAAGAGGUGAAGGAUGAGGGGUCUGAGAUGUUGCCUGCUAGCGCUGCUGGCUACACUGCUUGGUGGAAGAGGAGCAGGGUGUCAGCCCAUCCAGGCCGGGAACCUCCACCUGUUAACCACGGAGGAGCACAAACUAGUGCUCAACCGCCAAAUGAAAGGAGUGCUGCCCAGGGACUGCCAUGAGAUGCUGAUGGCCUCAUCGGGCCAGGCCAGAGACGGCGUCUACCUGAUCCAGCCGGGGCGGUUCCCCGUCCUGGCAUCCUGCGCCAUGCAGGCGGGCGGCUGGACCGUGGUGCAGCACAUCACCGUCAACAGCAGCGUGAGCUUCGACCGCACCUGGGCCGAGUACCGGCAGGGCUUCGGCUCCCUGACGGGGGACCACUGGCUGGGGAACCAGCACCUCCACGACCUGACCCGGGGGCCCGGGCGCUACACGCUGGGGAUCAACCUGGUGGAUAAAGACGGCGUCACCAAAGCCGGGGAGUACGACCCGUUCCUGAUCGAGGACGAGGCGGCGGGCUUCCGUCUGAGGCUGGGGCUGUACCGGGGCACGGCGCUGGACGCCCUCACGCAGGACACGGAGAACUACCUGCACGACAACCAGAGGUUCACCACCAAGGACCGGGACAACGACAACUACUUCCAGAACUGCGCCAAGCUGGAGUUUCAGGGCGUGGCGGGGGGGGGCUGGUGGUACGACGCCUGCGCCGGCGCCAACCUCAACCGCAGGAACGUCAUCUACUGGCAGAAGGACUGCCACAAGGAGCACCUGUGCAAGUACGCCUGGAUGAUGGUGAAGCCCUCGGAGACGUUGAAGCUGGUGCACACCGGAGAGUGCCGGAAGGACGAGCUGUAGAGGAAGUGGAUGGGCGGCCGAGCCCUUCGUAGGGCUGGAACAUUGGUACGUCACGUCGCAAUGACAGCCCCCAUUUUGCGAAGAAUAGCAGCAUAGAAAUGUUAUGUCUGUGGCAUUUUUGUGUUUGAAACUCCCACAGAGUUACUCAUGCAAAGCAACGUUUUGAUGAGCCUAGGCUACACUAUAUUUAUGUUUAUUUUGGUUUUGUCAUUACCACAACUCUCUCGAGGCAUCGAGAGUAUUGCCAACAAAAAAUCCCAUAAGGCAUUCUGAUGUACAAGCCCUAUUGAGACGCUUAAUGUCGUAUUCCUAAAAUGCUCAUAUUCUGUCCAUAACCUAGCAAUACUGUAUACGAUGAUGUAUCCCAAGAUGGUUUGGGGGGCUCUGAUGUUAGCACAUCCUAAAUUAUCUUAUCCUAACCCUGACCAGAUCAGCGGUUUCAAUAAUUUGAGAUGGUUGGGUCAUCUAACUCAUUAUUCCAAGUUAAUCUUGCAGCUAAUUGAUUAGCAAACGGAUGAAGAUGUAAAUACAGCAGGAACCAUAAUUAAAAUCGUUUUUUUAUGAUGAGGAGAAGGAAGAGGUGAAGGAAGGGGUGAAGGAGUUGGCAUUUUGGCUAUUGUAAGGCCUCCUUUAUAAAGGAACAAUGCUAACUAUCUUUUAGUUCAACAUUUUAUUCAAAUACCAAAUAACAUGAUCACCGAAUACCCGAAAGGGAACAAAGGAUAAUUUCAUCCAUCAAAAAAUAUUUUACCUCUUUCACUCAGAUUUGUGGUUCAUCACAGUUAAUAUUGAAGCGUACCUUGACUUUGCAGCUUAUUACACAAAUAGACAUACUUUGCAGAUAAUUAGGCAAUCCCAUUUAAUACUUACGGAAGCUUUAAAUCCUUAAAUGUACAACAUUUAUAAAAUAAAAUUACUUGGCCAGUACUUCCUUUGCUAUGUUUUUAAGACUGUAGUUUUAAUAAAAACAGUUUCUUUAAAAAUGGAUUUGGACUGCAAGGAAAAAAUAAAAGAUUUCUUCAUUAAUUGAAUCCUUAAGAGAGGGCUGUUUUCAACAUUGGAACACAGUUAGCACUAAGCAGUAUAAGAGGCAUGUAUUAUUGCAACUGUUUCAUUAAUGCAUGACUCAGUGAUAUUUCUGACUGCAUGACAACAGAGUUGGCAAUUGUGUUAAGGGGGGCUAGUUGGUAAUUUGGUCACCUAUUGAUUUGUCCCCAGGGUAAAUACAAAUUACGUUUUCAUCAUCAAACAUUGAUCUUAUCCUGAGAAGGGAGGGAUACGUAAAGAGAGAUGUUAGUUAUUGUAAUGACCACUCUCCCAUCCAGCCACAUACAAACACUCCUUGUUUUUGCUGUUUCUUUGUUUGUUUUUGUGACCCAGUGAAAAUAAAGAUACUGACAAUAUAUCACAAAUAUUUUGUAAGAGUUUGUAAUUUAGUUGAUUAUGCUUACUAUAAAUACCUGUAGGCUCAACUCGUAUGUGCCGUAGGAUACUGUCAUGUGUCACAUUUCAAGAUGUUUUCUGGUGUAUGUAAAUGUUGUUUAAAUUGCAAAAGCUGAAAGUGCAGUAAAAGCUUAGAUAAUUUUUUCUUCCUAAAUG